AUGGAGGACCCUCAGCUUGCCUGGAAUGACACAACCAACUUGCUUCAGGGCAUCAUGGUCAGACACGAUGGCUCUCAUCUCCCAGACCCGUCAGACUUCAGAUCCGGCAGUUUGACCCUGGGGGAUGCCGGCCCUAACCCACUCUUCGACCUCGACCUGACGUCGUUUGACCCAGCCCAGGGCCACUCUACCAUCCUGGGACCGUGGCGUUCCACCACCGACCAGCAGGAUUUUUAUCCAAACUACUACCCGUCCCGUCUCGCAGGCGAACAGGAUGCCUGGAACCCGCUGCAGGUCACCGGUGUUCCCACCUCGACGGCCGGUCCCCAUAUCCCCGGCCCGUCGGUCGGCGAUCGGGAGUUUGGUUAUUCAAAGCCGCAUUAUCGGACUCCAUCCGAGAGCGGCAGCCAGUAUAUGGGCAGCCUGCAUUCCGCCGAUUCAGGAUACGGAAGUGCCAGCUGUGGCGCGCAUUCCGUCAUCGCGUCCUACGUCGACUCGUCGAGCCCGCAAAUCGCCUCCAAAGAGCAUAGCCUCGGCGAGUCGCUUGCCAUGUUCGACCAGGCCCAACUGGGGCCAUCGAUGUUCGCCAGAGAUUUUGCGGAGUCGCCGCUGGAGUCGGUCCGAUGUGACCACCCCGCCUGUACGUGGGUCGGGAAGUGUCCAUCAGAUAAGAGAAAACAUGAGGCUCGUCAUAGGAAGUUGUUCAAGUGUAACGAACCCAACUGCCCUCGCAAGGAAGGGUUUGGCACGAUCAACGAUCUUGCUCGUCACAAGAAAUGUGUUCACAAUAAGGAACCAGAGCGCGGCCCAAAAAUGAUGUACCUCUGCUUUGGCAUGAACUGCCCUCGCCCGGACAAGAAAUGGCCCCGUCUGGAUAACUUCAAGCAGCAUCUGAGCCGGAUGCAUCAUGAAGAGGAUGCAGAUGCAUUAUUGAAGAAGUCUAUGGACUGGUAUGAGAGGGUCAUCGGCCAAACCGGCCAAAAAGUCGAUGACAGCGUUUCACUGGAUGAGUCGCUGGUGGAUACACAGCAGGAUCUGGUGUCUAUUCAUGAGAUGGACCUAGAUUCGGUGGAUUCCGUACUUCAUCCCCAGGACCCUGUCGAGAUGCCCUCCCCCAAGGCUUCAACGCCCACAUCAAUUCAACAUAACACACACUCGGAAAUCCCCACCCUCAGGUCACUAUCAGCACUCUCUAAUACUGGUCCUGAGCCUGCAAUCGAGCAGGGAUCAGCCAAGUCCGAAACAUUUGUUACAGACGCUGCAGAGAACUUGGUUAAUGCCAUGACCAGAAUGGUCAACAACCACGCUCGAAGAUCGAGCCAACAGAGCGAUGAGGGAAUUGACCUGGAGCUAGAGAACUCCCGGCUCUCUCAGCCACAACGCCAGAUGUUGCAAAGGAUUCUCUCCGCCGCCUUGGAGCGUCUGUCCGAUGAAACCCCGGCGGCUCCAGAGUUGAGUGAUGACAAGCAGGAUUGGUUCCAAUGUGACAUCUGCUCGAAACGCACGCGGCUUCGUUGCGAGAUGAAGAAACACCAGAAACGCCACGAACGUCCCUACGGCUGCACAUUUCCGCAUUGUGCCAAGUCGUUCGGCAGCAAGGCUGACUGGAAACGUCACGAGAGCUCCCAGCACCUGCACAUUCAGAGCUGGCUCUGCCCCUUCCAGGAUUCGCAGAAAGACACCCCCUGCGAGCGCAUUUUCUACCGCGAAGAUACUUUCUCCCAGCACCUCUCCCAGCACCACCGCCUCUCCAAAUCCCGCUCCAAGGCUGCCCUCCCCCCCAGUCGCCUGGACCUCGCGGACCGGCCCCAUUUCUGGUGCGGCUUCUGCACGCGCAAUGUGCCGCUGCGCAAUCACGGCUCCGCCGCCCUCGACGAGCGCUUCAACCAUAUCGACGUUGAGCAUUUCAAGAAGGGGCAGCGCGGCCGCGAGUGGGCGUUCCCGUCUGAGGUGACCUUGGAUCGGGUGGCACGGGAAGGCCCCGGUGCGCUGUCCAGGAGUGAUGCGGGCGACGGAUUGUCACAGACUCCAGAUAAGAAUAAUAAGAAGCGGAAAUUCUCCGAGUAG